AUGAGACAGUUUCUUCUCCUCUUCCGUUUCAACCUCGUCCUUCUCAGUUCAUCCAAGACAGCAUCAACUCUCACCAAUACGAUCCCGAGUUCCAUCUCCACCGUGACCAUGCCAUCCCCGCUGGAAACCCUCCCAACCGAGGUCAUCGAGUUGAUUGUCAGAUUACUGCCACUCAAAGAUAUCCGCAGCCUUCGCCUCGCCUGCAAGGCUCUGUCAGACAAAAGUUCCGAGUCUCACUUCAAGACAUUCUUCUACACGCAGCAUGUCGUAAUGACAGCCGAUGCCUUGCGAGAACUCACAGUUAAUGUCCAGGCGGGAGGCUUCCGCUCUUGCGUACGAAGGCUAUGCCUCGUUGGCGUAGCCGACAAGGAGGCCGAGAGAACCCAGACAUCUCAGCUCGAUCCACGCCAGGAGGAGAUGACUAGCCUGCUCACACAAGCAUAUAACGGGCUUGCCAAAUCUCACAGAGUCGACGGCCUCCUAUCGCUCUCGCUAGAACUAAGGAUCAACAACAACCUGCCUAACAACGUCCUGCGCGCUGCAACGCACCUCGCACAAUCAACGACCAUGUGGCAAUGCGCAAUUGAGCUCUUGGAUCAGUCUUUGCGAGCAUUGGCCACCAGUAACUUGAAACUCAAACAUCUCAAUAUCUUCAACGGCCCAAACAUGGAAGAGUGCAGCCUGCCCUCCGAACAGCUUAGCAUCAUCAACUGGGGCGACCCAGGUCUGGCCGACUCCCUGUCCACUCUUACAUCUCUAUCAGUCAAUAUCUGCACCCGCGUCUUGUUCAAAAACCUCAGAGACCCGUCGCACGACGGCCUGGUAGGAAGGAGCCUUGGCAUAAUCGAAGCAGCCCGGUGGCAGGAGGAGCGCGACUUUGACGGCCUUGCAAAAGUCUUGGCGGAAUGUCCCCGACUUGAGGACCUGGAUCUGAGAUACCGUAGAAUCGCCACCCGGGUCCCGAACCGCGACUGGAAGGUUCUGCAGCGCGUGGCAAGGUUGCAAACACUGCCUGUUCUGAACCGCCUGAGUAUCAGCGGCUUCACCGCCAACUCGCCCGACCUCCUCAAUAUCCUCGAAAGAACUAAACCCCGGGAAUUAUCCCUGGGGCCGAUAACCCUCGAGACGGGGACCUUCCAUUCCAUCUUCGACUACUGCUCCAGCAGGGGAGCCAACAUGUCCAAGGUGUCGUUUGAGCGGCUGGUUCAGAUGUCCCACCAGGAUGGCGCGGGAGUGGUUCACUUUGUCAGCCAGUGUCCGAGGGUGCCCGUUGUGCCGAACCGGUCGCCAACUUCCUCAUUCCAGGCUCAGUUUUGCAGCGAGUUUGCAGAGUUUGAGCAUCUCGGCCAGGGUGCUCGCAUCUCUUGUCAUCUUGAUCGGUCAGGGUUCAUCGGGAUGCCGCAGUAUGGAGGGUGUCCGCCGUCGAGGAGGCAGGAUCAUCUGAACAAUUUUUUCUAA